GAAAAUUACAGGCAAUAGUCGACAAACGUCUUUCGAGAAACGCAGGCUGAAAGUAGAUGCCUCACAUAAUAAACCAAAAGACAUUUUCAAACACUUAAAUAUUGACCUAGGGGAUACUCAUACCGCCUUAGGUUGCUGAAGCGGGUCAUUUAGUCUCUAUUCAUGCAUGCUACUUUUGCUUGAGUUGUUUUUUAUCCUCAUAAGUAUUUCGAAUGGAGAAAAUGAUUAUUUACAUCUUCGGGUGAUAAAUCCAUCUACUCUGCCGUUUACAUAUCGCUUAAGUCCUGGUCAAAUAGGACCCCAUUUUAAUACAACAUUUACGUCCACGUCAUUAGUGCUAACAGAACCUCCUCACGCAUGUGAGCUGGUAAGUAAUGCACAUGAAGUGAAUCGAAAUAUUGCUCUCAUAAUUCGUGGAGGUUGUAGUUUCGUCACGAAAGCUAUUAAUGCUCACGUUGCCGGUGCAGUUGCUGUGAUUGUUUAUGAUUUUAACCGCAAGGCUAUCCACACAUUUAGCAUGAUUCAGGACGAUACUUCCAGACGUGUGCAGAUACCAUGUGCGUUUAUGAAUGGAAAAGAUGGGCAUUCAAUAACCACUGCUUUGGAUAAUUUAAAUCUAACAAAAGCAUUAGUUGAUUUUCCUGUUAAUGUUUCUGUGGUUCCAGUAUAUCACUUACGUUUAACUCCAUGGACAUUAUGGUGAAGAAUAAAAUAUACAUUCAACCUUAAUUGCUUCUACAAAUCAAUGACUACAUGACUGUAUUUUCUGCACUAUGAGUACAUGUGUAAAAUACUACUUCUUGUAUAUGACAAUAUGUUUUCAUAUGACCUACAAUUCUUUCAUUUAAAAAUGAGAUUUCCUUUGGUCACAUAAUUCACUUACAUUAUAUUCUACGUUUGUUCUUUCUUCAAUGGUGUAGUCUCCAUUUUCUCAUGUAAAUAGUUGUUCUUUUUGUUAAACCUGCCUACUAUCUUCUCCCAACUGAGUAAUUAUAGUUUUAUUAAUACGUGAAUGGUUUUUAAUAUAGUUGGAUUGUUGUGGAAUCUAGGUCAUGCGUCUUAUCCUACCUAAGACUCAUCCCAUCUCAGUAUUAAUGUUCACAUUGUAACCACUAGGUUAUGUUGAUGCCAACUGCUCACGAUUUACGUAUUUCAAUAACUGCUCAGUUUUAGUUCUGAAUAUUAACAACAGGGAACUACAAACCCUUAACAAUAUAGUAUACAUGUAACAGUGCAUGUUAACUCAAGUUCGGGAACGUGUGGUCGGGUAGUGAAAACAGUCUAAUCGGUGUCAACAUCUUGAAACAACGGGUUCGGUGACGUGGAUAAGUGCUAUGAGUGUCAUUCCAGUGACUUUUAAAUCGUGCUUUAUUUACCGAAGCUGGAACUGGUUGAAAAAAGAUAGGUGGUAAGUUUAAGACAUUGUCCCGGGGUAUGACAUCUAUCUGUUUACCGUGAUUCACUGGUUGUGGUCCAAGAGAUAGUGCAGCUUGGUGGCUUGAGACAUUAUCGGUCGUAGGUCUGAGUCGAAGCCAAUUGCGAUGUUGUUACGAUUUUUGCGUACUUUCUAUAAAAAAGUGAAAACUUUUACUAAAAGGGUUCUUUCUGUCUAUAUUUUUCUUAAACUUUGAAUUAACUGAUCAACAAUUUACUUUUAUUUAAUCUACUAAGGUAGCGCUAUUUUUCUUAGUGAAGGUUACUCAUCACUAUCCAUUUAAUUUUCUUGCAAAAAUUCGAAACGCAUUAUAAUUGUAACAUAUGAUGAAUACAAAAUUGGUUGCAGUGGUGUGGAUAAUGUCAUUCUCCAAUUUAUCCACUACCUUCUUGCGGCACUACUGUUGUUUACGAAAUCGAGAGGGCGAAAAGCAAAUGUCCGGCGCUGUAACCCGGUUGGUGGAUAUGGAGGAUCCACCUGGAGGAGUUGAAAAACCCUGAUUCCAAACCAAUAGUGCAUAUAGGCUCCAGGAUCCUGUGGGAACAGAUAAUGCAUGGACCAAUUAUUAGUCACCGGUUACUAUGGGACUGCAUCUUCUGAGGUUUCUCCACCACCUUGUAGAUCAGACCUUUAGGUCGAAGGCCCCCUAAGAAAACCACCUGCAUUGGUUUGGGCACUCGGGCAAUAUCAGAGCUCACAUACAAACCAAGUUACUUGUGGCGCAUAUGUAUUCGGUGCCGCUUUGUACCAAUAUUUAAGUGUUCAAAUAAAUAAAUAUUCGUCUUCUUCGUUUACGCCUCUGCGGAUACGAUAGUAAUAGGACAUAAAUCCACUUAAUACGACCAAUCUCUUUGCAGUUGUGACAAAUGACAUUAAUGAAUGGUUAAUGUAUACGUAGACAGACAUGCCUCACUAUAUUAGCUCCAGUUAGUCAGUUAUAGUAACUGGACUAUUCCUAAAUUGUUGCUGUCUAAUUACCACUGGGUAUUUAGAGUUAUGCUAUUUACUUUUUUUACAUGAAAUACUACUAGGUUAGACGCAGGGUAUUAGGGAAGGAUGAAAAAUCAGUUGAUGAGGUUGUAAAUCUUCAUCGACUGAGAUGGUUGGGCCACGUUUUACGUAUGCCUGAACACCGAUUACCACGACGCACAAUGCUGACUAGUGUUGGGGAUAGUUGGAGAAAAGUUAGGGGCGGCCAUACCAAAACGCGGUAUCAGUGCUUGAAGUCGCUUGCUUCUAGUCUGAGCCAUGUUGAUAGAUGUAGAGUACUUGGUUGGGUCCGCGCGAGUAUCGUAAUCAAUGGUUGGAGACUUUGGGUGACAUGGCUCAGAAUCGAUCAGAAUGGCGUAAGUGUGUACACUGUCUAUCUUCCUUUAAAAUAUGAGUUUCAUAUUCUUUCAGUCAGUAACAACGUAGAACUUCGUACGUACGUACAUCAGUUCGAGUUGCCAUACCACAUUAGCACAGAGAUGCAGUUGCCGAUUCAAAUCCCGUAGUGGUAGAGGUAGUAAGAGUAUAGGCAGUAAUCGGAAAGAUUAGGGUUUGGAGAUGCUAUUUAAAGAGUAUAAUCCAGUGAAAUAAAUUUGGGAAGAGAAAAAAGAGACAAGGAGGAAUCAGGAGAUUAAAAUUUGGGAGAGCACAAAGAGUGUAUACACCUGCGCCAUUGCAAACGAUUUUGAGCCAUGUCAUUCGGGGUCUCUAACCAUCGGAAAAAUCCCAGGAAGUGAUUUCCCCCAGUUAUUUGUAAGUAUAACAACAAUCUGUUAUAACUUGCCAAUGAUUUCCGAAAUCCUCGUCACCAAUUGUUAUAACUUGUUGUUUGAAUGCUACUUGUUAUUAUCUUUAUUUAUUUAAACACAUAAACGUUGGUACAAGGAGGUAAACUGUAACUUGGAAUUUUGAAGGGGAACAGCAAAAAGAUGAAAGCCAAAGAACACACUACGUAGGGAAUUGAAAGAUAUGAAAAAGAUGAAUAGCAAUUGGAAAGGAUUGCUUAGGACAGGGUUAGAUGGAGAAUGCUGGUAAGCGAAUUAUGCUCCUCAAUACGAGGAGUUCAUGAUCUCAACCAAAAAAUUAAUAAUCUCCGCAACCACUAUACUAGUAAUCAACAUGUGCUCACUAGUGACUAGCUUCGUGAGGGAAUUCUCGGAGUUCUAGUGAGAAGCCGUGACCAGUGGAGCUAAUCCAUGUCGGCUAGAGACAGGUAUCUACCUCAGUACAAUGGAAGUUGGUCGCGCAAUUUCGUGGAUUGGUUGAUGUUAGACACUAUCACCAUUGGAUACCGACUCAGUGGUCCAGUAGGUUAAGCGUUCGCGCGCGAGACCAAAGGUCCUG